GACAUCAGACGCUAAAUAUGUCAUAUCCCUACUAAUAACUGAAUAAUAAGAGCGCUUUAAAACACUUUUAAUUUCUCUGUUAUGUUUUUGUUCAUCGGCGCUUUUUAAAUUGAGGAUGCACUUAAGACCCAUUUCUUCAAAACUUUUAUUUUGAAAGAUAGCGUCGGAAGUACUUCCUAUAAGUAGACACGGUGAUUCAUUCCCGCCCCCCUUAAAAAGUAUGACUUUCUAAAGAUUUUGGUUCACCAACGACACUUGGAGAGAUGUGGCUGCUUCUGCUGCUCGCUGCCCUCUUGGCUCUCUUCUGCAGCCUGGACGUGUGGUACUUCGUGCGGGCGGCCGCUGUGUUCGUCCGUGCCUGGCUGCAGCCUCCCGUGCGUGACGUGACGGCCGAGCAGGUCAUGACCGGCCGUGUGGCCCCGCGCGACAUCGACAUGUGUCACAUGAACAACGCACGCUACUUGCGCGAGUGCGAUUUCGCCCGCUUCUCGCUGUACAUGCGCAACGGCGUCUUCAAGGCGCUGCGGGCCCUCAAGGCUUCCAUUGUGGUGGGGGCGACCACCAUCCGCUACCGCCGACCACUUUGCAUCGGCGAGUCGUACGAGCUGCGCAGUCGGGUGGUGACGUGGGACGACAAAGCUUUCUUCCUGGAGCAGAGGUUCGUGUCAAGCAAGGACGGCGUGGUGUGCGCCGUCAUGUACUGCAAGCAGGCUGUCCUACGCAGCAGUCCGGACAACAUCAUGCAGUAUCUCUGCAAGCGGAAGGUGGAAUGUCCCGAAUUCCCUGAGGACCUCCAGCACUGGAUCAACUUCAUCUCAGCCAGCAGCCAGAACCUCAGAGCAGAGAGUGGCCUCCAGGAGAAAAACAAAUAAGCAUGGACAUUCACAUUUUUUCAGUGGACCCCGGCGAUUCACAGGUGAUAUGGACCAGGUUCUGCCGUGAAUACCGAAAAUCUGUGACGAACACGUGUCCACUCACAGUUUACACAGGCGCUACUACUAAGUCAUUGAACUUGGAAUCUACAAACGAUAAUAAAGGUAGGGAAACACGGGCAAAUUGGAAUGGCAAGUAGACUAAAUGGGCGAUUGGUAUCUGCAAAGGAAGAGAAGCAGAAGCAUGCUUUUUGUUUCACUUUUGACGACGCACAACGCGCAUUCAAAGACGUGCAAAAAGAAAUCCUGGAAUUAAUUAAACCAUACUGCAACAUCAAAGUAAUAAUUCUAUUACUUAGGCCUGAGUACAAAAACACACUGUUCGCUAUUUUUGUCAUGAGGAUAAUUUAUGAAUCAGGGAAAUAAAGUUGUGCCUUUUUUU